AUGCUUGUUCUUUACAAAGAAAUUCACAAAGUUAAUAAAGAACCUGAAAAAAAAACCGGUGCCGGAGGUCGACAUCAGCUAGCUCUAUUAUUCGGUCACCAACUAAGAACUGAGAUUAGACUUUUAUAUCAUUUUGUGUUAAAUGAUGAUAAUAAAAGAUAUGAGCCUAGAAAUGUUAUUAGCUUAAGCAUAGCAAUGAGUGAUGAGAGUGCUGAUACAAUAGCUUUUAAUAAUAUUGCGAUAGUCUUAAGCGAUUCUGGUAUUCGUCAUCUUCUGCUCAUGCACUGGCCAUUUCAUUGGAUUGUGCCGACGAACAGUUCAAUCAGCACGUCAUCGAUGGAAAUUUUAAAUUCAAAAGCGCCGGAAACUCAGGCUGCUGGGCUGAAUCCCAACUGUAAACCGACAGGGAAGCACCUCCAAAAAUGA